AUGGAGGCGUACUGCAACGCAGUGCGUCGCCUCGAGGACAAAUUCGACAGCCUCGAGCUCAACCACAUCGCGCGCAAGUACAACGAGGAAGCGGACAAACUAGCCAAGAUCGUGUCGGGGCGGACCACCAUCCCCCCGAACAUCUUUGCCCGCGACCUCACCAAGCCUUCUAUCGACUUCAAGAAUCUUGCGGAAGCCACCGGUGCAACCCCUGAACCCUCGGGGGCUGUAACCGCCGAGCCCUCGGCUAAGGACCCCUCGGCGGGGGAAUCCGAGGACAUGGAGAUCGAGAUCUCCUCGGUGGACGAGGCGGAAGCCAUGCAAAUUGACGAGGCCCCACCUUCCAGGGACUGGCGUGACCAAUAUCUUAAUUGGAUUAACCGAGGGGAGCUACCCUCGGAUCACGCUCAGGCGUGGCGCAUCGCCAGGCGGACCAAGUCUUUCGUCUUGAUCGACAGGGAGCUGUACAAGCGCAGUCCCUCGGGUGUUUUACAAUGCUGCAUCCCCAUCCCCGAGGGUAGGGAACUGGUCCGAGACAUCCAUGCCGAAGUUUGUGGACACCACGCAGCGCCUCGCACCCUCAUGGGCAAUGCGUUUAAACAAGGCUUUUACUGGCCCACAGCGGUCGCCGAUGCAACCGAAGUCGUGCGGACCUGCGAGGGGUGCCAGUACUACGCUCGCAAGACACACCUCCCAGCUCAUGCCCUGCAAACUAUCCCCAUCACAUGA